AUGAAAGUUGAUCAAAUUGACGAGGAUCAUCCUCUUGUACUCGAAAUAUCGAGUCUCAAGGCUGCUGUGAGCCGUUUCCAGGAUGAAGCUCACAGUGCAUCUUUGAAGCUACAGCGCUUCUCUUUCGAUGUUUCUGUGGCUCAAGAUCGCGUUAUAAAGCUUGAACGAGAAAACGCGCUCCUCAAAACUGAACUCGCUACUCUGCGAGCUAAUCCUCAUCCCGAUUUAUCACCCACCUCGCAUCCAGCCGUGCUGCAAUCGCAGGAGCUCACGCUAUCCCUACGCCGGCUAUCCGACAAGCUCUCCUUCACCGAACAGACCCUAUUAGAGCGAACAACCGAGUUAACACAUGUUGCGAGUGAAUUAGCCAAGUCGAAUCUCAUAAUUGAAGGCGCAUAUGCGUUGGCGGCUCGUACUAGAGGCCGGGAGGAAGAUGGAAAGGUUCGUGAACGAGCAUUGGAGAUGAAGAUCCAGGAACUGAAAGAAGAAGUCAAAAUGGAGGACUUAGUGGUGAAACAGUAUGCUGAUCUUGUACGGUCCUUAGAAGGUAGGAACAGCUCAGUUAACGCUGAACCCACAUCAAUGCACAACAACAGCAGUGCUACUCUUGUAGACGGUAUUUCCGAAGACAAAGUAGGCUUGCAGAAACUUUUUGCCGAGUUCUCUGCCCAAUUCGAACCGCUUCAAGCCGAGGUGGAGAAGCUCAAGGGAGAGUUAGCUGUGACGAAUAUGCGAUUAGAGGCUGAAAGGAAAGGAACCGAGGCGGAUCACAAGCUUCUUGCGGCCGCCCAGAAAGAACUUCAAAUACUCAAGAUUGAGGACAAAUCGGCUGCAGCCAUGGUUUCGAGGAAGUUCUCUCAAGCAUCGACCAACAUGUUGCAGAACUCACUCAAUACCCUCAAAACCCGACAUUCUGCGACGAUAGACACACUUUCAAAUCAGCUAGCCAAUCUUACCACACAGCUGCAGUCAUCUCAGGCAACCUCGGACAAACUUCGCACUACUCUAGACGAGCUGGGCAAGGACAUAAUGCGAGAAUCGUAUGGACGAAGGAGGGAGAUCGCACUACGACUGAAAUUCGUUGUGCGCGAAGAGGCAUUACAGGAAGCUCUGGGCAGAUGGAUCCGGAAAGGUAAAGAAUUGCUCAAUCAAGAACAUGAACACAUCUCCCGUCAAUCUCUCGAGAAAUUGCUUUCCGAUGCUAGAGCGGUUUACGCAGUGCUUGACACCCCUUCCGCUUCAAUAUCACCUUUACCUCCGGUAUCAGAUCUCGAAUAUUCACCUUAUUCGGCACCAACUGGCUCAUUAGCUAGAAUUAUUGCCAUAGAAGCAUCGGUGAAUUCACUUGCUGAAGAGUUACACCUUCAGAUUUCUCGCAGACAGGAACUGGAAUUAGCCGUCGCUACCAACGAGUCGCUUCCACCCGUACCGACAAAAGACAAGGCUCGUCUGGUGAAUGGCUUAGCAAGGCCAGAGCGUCAUUCUGUUGUGGAGGAUUCCGACACUUCCGCACUCAAUUCCGAUGUCGGUCCUUACAAAGAUCGGCAGCACUCAGAAGUGGUAGAUGCUCAUGAAGAUUUCCCUUCUGAAAUCGCACUUGAAGUCAUUCCUUCACCAUCUUCCGACUAUAAUGAGAUACCUGAUACCUCCACCAAGGAGGAUCAGUUGAUCACAGUAACAGAAGUCCAGUCCGUCGCACUGCCAGAUAUAUCGGAAAACAUUGAUUCUGAUUCGGCAGGCAAAUAUGAGCUUCCUGCCAACCCUCAUGUGCCAACUACUCCUCCCUUCUUGGCGGAAGAGACCUCCAAUAUCUCAGCCUCAUCUGACUUCGCGCAGGAUAUGGUGAAGCCCGAUUCCGGAGUUGUCGCGUCACAAUCGCUCAUAGCGGAGCUCAAUCAUGUCAGUCAUCGCUACGACGACUUGCAGCGAGCGUUCCGAGACUGUCAUUUAGCGUUGCAAGAACUCAGGAAGACGUUGUCGUCCACGAUAAUUUCAGACAAUGUCACCGGAACAUCGAUACACACCGUUAACGGAAUCUCAUCCCAAAUCUAUCAAGCUGCCAUUGAGCGUUUAGAUAAUUACAAUGAAGACGCAAGAGUUGAGCUGGAGAUAAGGGCUGCCGACGAGGCUUUGCUUGCACAAGGUUACCAAACAAUGUUGUCCGUAUCUGAAUCUCACGAUCUAUCGAAUGUUUCUUCGUCGAAUCCAUCAUAUGCAUUGGCGCAUUCAUUAUCUCAGGACCUCCACCAAGACUUAGAGCCCUCAGCAGGCGAACUGGAAGCCCAGAUACGUGGCUUCAUUUCUGGUGCAGAUCUGAAUAUUCAACGCGCUCGGCAAAGUCUUUCUCGAAAACUCGCGGAUGUCCAGAACGACAUAGCGGUUCUCAAGCGCGCAAUGCAUGAUCCCGACGCAUUCGGGCUUCCUUCGCCUGCAACAGCCCCCAUUGAGGAUGGCACGAAUAAUGGUCUUAACGGAAAUUCUGGCUGGACGUCAUGGAUACGAGGGACAUCCGCUCGACCUGCUAGUCCUUCGCCGGCACAGACAUUUGGUCAUGUCAUGACUAACCCUAGGUUAAAACAUUCAUCUUCUUUCCACCAAGACCUAGCUCCGAGAAGGCGCGGAUCAGUCACAACCUCACAACAAAUGCAUCCGUUCGCGAAUUUGGAUUUACGCGUUUCAAUGCCAGCUUUAUCGUCUCCCUUGUCUUCGGCAAGGUCGGCGGUCUUCUCCCCGCCUGGAUUAGAUUGGAAUGGGCCCAGAACAAGAACGGUCUCAACAAUGAACAUGCUCGGACUGGGUACAGCAAGAUCUGGUACUGGAGGAAGUUCCCGCCCACAAGCAUCUUCAACCUCCGAGGAAGAAGGAAAGGAGGAUUCAGAUGAUGAUGUAGAGUGA